AUGGCCAAAGUCUUCAGUGCAGAAGAAGUUGCCAAGCACAACACCGCAGAAAGCUGCUGGGUAGUCCUCCAUGGCGCUGUUUACGAUGUAACAGAGUUCCUCCCCUCCCAUCCAGGAGGCUCCAGAAUCAUUCUCCAGCUCGCCGGCCGGGACGCCACCGCCGAGUUCGACCCUAUCCAUCCCCCAGGCACUCUCGAGGACAACCUCCCACCCACCGCCAAACUCGGCAUCGUCGACCCCGAGAGCCUCAAAAAACUCCAACGCCAGUCCAACACCGCCAACCCAGCCCAGGAAGCAGCACGCCCACCCCCGCCACUCCACCACCUCCUCAAUCUAGACGAAAUCGAAGCCGUUGCCAAAACCCAAGUCUCCAAGAAAUGCUGGGCCUACUACUUCUCCGCCGCCGACGACCUCAUCUCCAAGACAUACAACAAUACCGUCUAUCGCAGCAUUCUCCUCCGCCCCCGCGUCUUCGUCGACGUCACCAAAGCAGACACCACCACCUCCAUCCUCGGCGGCGCCUUCAAGCUCGCCACCCCCUUGUACGUCUCCCCAGCAGCCAUGGCCCGGCUGGCUCACCCGGACGGAGAAGCUGGAAUAGCAAAAGGCAUCUCCCGCUUCGGGGCCAUGCAGCUCGUCUCCCACAACGCCUCCAUGUCGCCGGAGCAAAUCGUUGCCGACGCCAAACCGGAUCAGAUCUUUGGCUGGCAGCUCUACGUACAGAACGCUCGUGCUAAAUCCGAGGCCAUGCUGGCGAGGAUAGCCAAACUGCCGCAGUACAAGUGCGUUGUUCUUACUCUUGACGCGCCUGUUCCUAGCAAGAGGGAGCACGACGAAAAGGCCGCGUUGGAGGCGGAGCUACUGAUUGAGGCAUCGAAAUCAGAGGAGGAAAAGGAAAAGGCAAAGAAGAGGCCGGAUUCGAAUAGUGGUGUGGGACAGCAGCUGUUCUUUGGCACGGCGGCUGAUUUGACGUGGGAUACGACUUUGCCGUGGUUGGCGAAGCAUACCAAACUGCCUAUUGUUUUGAAGGGGAUCCAGACGCACGAGGAUGUUUACCUGGCUGCGCAGUAUGCGAAGAAGCAUCCGGGGACGGUCAAGGCGGUCAUUUUGAGCAAUCACGGGGGUAGGUCGUUGGAUACGGCGCCGCCGGCGGUGCAUACGCUGUUGGAAUGCAAGAAGUACUGUCCGGAAGUGUUUGAUAUCAUUGAGAUUUGGGUGGAUGGGGGUAUCAGGAGGGGGACGGAUGUGGUCAAGGCUUUGUGUCUAGGGGCAAAAGCGGCGGGCGUAGGCAGGGCUGCACUCUAUGGGUUAGGGGCUGGCGGGUGGAAGGGGGUGGAGAGGACUUUCGAAAUUCUCCAAGGCGAAAUUCAGACGUGCAUGAAGAUGAUGGGCGCAAAAGACAUCUCGGAGCUUGGGCCACGCUUUAUCAACAGCAGGAUGGUCGAGCGGGACAUCUUCGAUGGCGGGGCUGGUCUCGACAGAACGGGGUUGUGGACGUCUCGUGCUGCCAAGCUGUAG